UUUUUUUUUCUUCUUUAAAGUGUGCACUUGAGAAUAGUGUUCCUGCGUUUACAAAGUCUGUGCCAACAUACUACAAGCACCCCCCUUUUCCCUCCCAAUGGCUGCUCAGUAGUGAACCUUUUUGAAAGCAGGCAGGGCUCCGUCUUGACGAAGCUCGAAAAAGUCCGCGGGGAAGUUCCCUAGGAAAUCCCCCAAGACUGUUCGGGGAUAUUAUUCUGAUGCGCCAAAUCUCCGACACAAUUGACCUCCUCUGUGUGUUUGUGAAGACGCAGGGCUGGAGGCAGAUGCGUCGGAUCUGGUGUUAUUAAAAAAAUAAAGGAGACGAACCGUGUUUCAAAUCUACGAGAAGCUCGCGAUGGACAGCGUCAGUUUGAACGAGGACGGCGACGCGCUGAAGGACAAAAUGAGGAGCUACAGCGUCCUGAAUACUUUGUACCAUGAGACGCGGCAGGAAAUCGACCUCUUGAACAAACAAAUCUGCCUGAAGGACAACAUCAUUACCGAUUUAAAGACCAGGCUGGGCAGGUACGAGAGGGUCUACAUGACGGUGGGCGACGGCGAGUCCGUAGUCGUCGGCCCGUCCGCCUCUUUGGUGGAGAGCUUGAUCAAGGAGAUAUGCAAACUAAAACAGAAGAGGAGCGAUAUGGAGUUCAAGGCAACCCGACAGGCAGAGGAGAUCCAGAGGCUGAACCUGCAGCUCAGAGAGAAGGAGCUGGAGCUGGAGAGUGUCAGGUGUCAGCCGGAGCACGAGAAGGACCAGGAGAUCCACAAGCUGCGCGUGGCCCUGGAGGAGAAGGAGCGGGCCGAGGCCACCAAGGCCGUCCUCUGCACGUCCCUGGCCGAGGAGGCCGAGCAGCUGCGCGGUCAGCUCGGCGAGACGGUCAGGGUGUGCCAGGGGCUGCUGGCCAGGCUGGAGAAAGGGAAGAAGGGGGGAGAAGACGUGGAGGAGGUGGCCCUCCAGCAAGUGGCUAAGGAGAUGCCAGAGUCCAGUGACAGCAGCACUGUUAAUGUCCAAAUCUGUCAGCUUCAGGAGGAGAAUAAGCAGCUGAAGCAGCGCGUGGCAUAUGUGCAAGGUCUGAAUACUCAGUGGCAGAAGUAUGACUCGAGCAGGGAGGAGUACAUCAGAGGUUUAUAUCAAAGGCUUCACCAGGAAAUUUCCAGGCUCAAUAUCCUACUACAGGAGAAAAUGAGUGAUUGUUCGAGGCUUGAGAGAAAAGUGGAAGAUACACGGAGACUUAACAAGGAACAAAUCCAGACACUGGAGCAGCAGGUUCUCAUCUACGCAGACGACUUCCGGUCAGAGCGAGCCGACAGAGAGCGAGCGCAGGGCCAGAUUGACGAUCUGAAGGAGCAGAUCUCUCAGUUGAAGCAGCAGCUAUGCAAACAGGGAGCGAGCAGAGAGAGCAGAGAGAGCAGAGACGUGGUUCCGCUGUGUCGCGUGCACAUAGGACACAGGAUCUCCUCGAGGCGGAACAAGGACUCGUCAGAGCCUCUUUUGAGAGCCACGGCUGAGAGGCAGCAGCAGCCACCUCCUGCAGCGGCGGCGGCACCGGCAGCGCCAGCAGCAGCGACACCCAACUCUGCCUGGAACGAAGACCCAGGCCAGUCAGAGUUACAGUGCCCACGAUGCUACACUAGGUUCAACGACACAGAAGCUGCAGAAUACCUGAAUCAUUGGGAAGAGUGUGCCCGACUGUAAGCGGAAAUACACUCAUUUGGAAAUAACAGUUAUCUCUUACUGACAGUAACUGAACACUGAAGACCAGCACUACACUGCAGAAAAUAACCAGAGUGGAGAUUCCAGUUCGGAGACGCUUGACUACAAAUGAAACAACUGACUUACAAAGUGAAGCAAAAGUGUAUAACCCAAAGUUCCCGUGCCGCAAGAGAAAUUAGCUCAUCAAGGCUUUUUCUAAGUCUGCGUAGUUUCAGUGUCAACUCCUGAGAGUUCCCGUACCGCGGGAGAUUAUCGAAGUGGAGAGGAGGAUGCUAAUGCGAUGUAUCAAAUAUACCUCAGUGUGUCAAAUUACAAACUCGUUGCACUUUCUUGACAUUUAGCCAAAAACUAAUCCUAGGAUUGUACGAUUGAGAGAUUCAUGAUGCAUAAGCUUCCUGUUUUGGAUCUAGUACAUAAUGUGGUGCUAUUGUUCGUUUUUUUUGAUUGAACUUUUAUUCUGUAAAAUAUAUAUAUAUAUAUGUAUAUAUUCCUAUUGACAGAUUUAAAAAUAUUACUAUAUUUGAUAUUUAUUUUCUUUGUAUAUCUAACUGGAAAAGGCAAAGAAUUUCAGUGCAAUGUUUUGUUGCCUUUUUUUUUUUUUUUCCCACCAAAGCCAUAUCUAUAUAUCUAUUUUUGUAAACCUUUGGGAUCAAAAGUGUUGAGUACGUCACAACAAGAGAAAAACGUUUGUGAUCCCAUGAACAGUGCAUGUAUGUAAAGACCGCAUCCCUACUGACAAUAUACUUAUUUUUGGAGAUGUGCCACAGUUCUGGAGGUGGCGCAUUUAUUUUUGUAAUAAAAAAAAACUGUUUACCCACACUUUA